CUGGCGGACGCGCUAAAGUCACAGAGAACGGCGAGUUGCCAGUCGCGAACAGCAACGGGUGCCCACAACACUCCCGCCUAGACAUUCCAGCCUCCAAAGCAAAAAUGUACCGUUACGCGAUGCUAGCCGCCGUGCUGCUGCCGGUCUCCCUGGCCGCGCUCUGCCCCUGCCCGCCUACCUCCGAGAACUCCCCCGUGUGCGGCAGUGACGGCCGCACUUACUCCAGCGAGUGCCAGCUUCAGUGCGCCGACCAGCCCGGACUCUACGCCACCCACUCCGGGGCGUGCACCACGACGGAGACCGCCGCUGCCCGACGUCGUCGCUACACCGUUGAGUAUAAGGAUUGGGUGAAAUGUCACAAAGAACGUCAGUGCCGCCUUCCACACGACGGGAGCUGCAGCGAGUGCGGCGCGGACGAUAGGAACUGUGAGAUAAUGUGCUACUGGGACUGCAGCUGCGGCUGCGGGGGACUGCCGACGGGUACUGGGCGGGACGAGGACUCGUACGACAGGUGGUACAAGUGCUACGCGGAGAGGAGGUGCAGUAGUAAAGCCGACGAAUGUGGCAAAAACUGUCACAAUGAAGUAUGUCAAGACUCGUGCGAUGAGGAUUAUUUAAAGUGCGGCUGUGGGUGCGUCCAGGUCGUGCUAGCUGGCAGCAUUGCCUCGCCCACGACAAGUACCGGCCUCGCCCCUACAGCAAGCAGCACGUCAGGUAGCAGUACCGACAGGCCCGACCACAGUAUGCCGGUGCGUGAGCUAUGGGACUACGUGCUCAUGUUUGUGACGGCGUGUGCGUGUGCGUGCGUGUGCGCGUGCGUGUGCGCGUGCGUGCUGGCGCGCGCAGGCGUCCCCGUGACCUGCUGCACCAUGAACAUAACGCACCGAUCCUCAAGAGGUAGUCCGGACGAGGGCCAGCAGGACCCAGAAACAGAGAUGACCUCGAAAUGACGUCGAAAUUUUACAUUUAGCUGACACCCAUGACGUGCAAAAAUGUGGAAAUACGUAAUUCCCCGCAUGUUGGUUUGAGAAACCCUGCCCUUAAUAUUUAGAGAAACUUUAAUUUGGCGAUUCUUAAAUUAUUAAUAUAUAAGUAUUGUUGAUGUCCCUAAUUAAUGAAUAAACAAAUCAUUGUAAAUGA